CUAUAAAUAACAUAGAUCUCCAGACUCAUGCUUAAAAUCAUCUCUACUAGACUCUCUCUUUUGUCAAGGAAAAUCUCGGCUCAACUCUCUGAUACACAUAAAUAAUUCCAAAUUAUACUAGCCUUACAAUGGGUGAUGCAGUCCCCAGAAUGAAGUUGGGUUCACAAGGUCUUGAAGUUUCAGCUCAGGGUCUUGGCUGCAUGGGAAUGUCCUACUUCUACGGUCAGACCAAGCCUGAUUCCGACAUGAUUCGACUCAUCCACCAUGCUGUCCAAAGCGGUGUCACUCUUCUCGACACUUCAGAUUUUUAUGGACCUCACACCAACGAAAUCCUCAUUUCUAAGGCUUUAAAGGACGGUGUUAGGGACAAAGUUCAGCUGGCUACCAAGUUUGGGAUCAGGAUGGAUGGAGAAAUCAGAGUAGUGCAAGGCGAUCCAGAAUACGUGCGGGCGUGUUGUGAGGCUAGCUUGAAGAGGCUUGAGAUUGAUUUUAUCGAUUUGUACUAUCAGCACCGUAUUGACACUCAAGUGCCAAUUGAAGUUACGAUGGGAGAACUGAAAAAACUGGUUGAAGAAGGUAAGAUCAAGUAUGUAGGGCUUUCUGAGGCCUCUGCAUCUACAAUCAGAAGAGCUCAUGCUGUUCAUCCCAUCACUGCCGUGCAGCUGGAGUGGUCUUUGUGGUCGAGGGGCGUGGAGGAAGAUAUAAUUCCUACUUGCAGAGAACUAGGCAUUGGGAUUGUUGCAUAUAGUCCUCUGGGACGGGGAUUCUUGUCUGGAGGUUCAAAUUUGGUUGACAGCUUAGCAAAAGAUGACUACAGAAAGGCUCUACCAAGGUUCCAGAAGGAAAAUAUAGAGCGUAAUAAAAUCUUAUCUGAUCGAGUUAAUGCGAUUGCAUCAAAUAAAGGGUGUACUCCAUCACAACUAGCACUGGCUUGGGUCCAUCAUCAGGGAUCGGAUGUGUGUCCUAUUCCCGGAACCACCAAAAUUGAAAAUUUUGACCAAAAUAUUGGAGCUUUAAAGAUAAAAUUAACAACUCACGAAAUGGCGGAACUUGAAUCCAUUGCUAAUUCUGUCCAGGGUGAAAGAUACCCAACCGGAGCAGCCUCUUAUCUGAACUCGGAUACUCCACCCUUUUCAUCGUGGAAAGCUGAAUGAAUACUGAAUAUGUUGUGGUUUUCGCCCUGGCGCUAUUUCCUUCUUCUUUCAUAGAGAGGUUGGUUGCUAUGUAAUUGUGUUUCAAGUAUUUUCUUAAUAUGCGGUUUGUCUUGUGAUGUAUGAGAAUAAUGUUCCUGAUAUUGACUUGAGAACUUCAGUUGUUAAGUUAUCAAAAAUCGAAACCAGGACCGGAUGAUUCGAUCAUGCU